UUUUGGGAGUUUGGAACAAUGCAACGAUACUGAGGGAGGCAUGAAUGUUACUGGCAUUUAUAUGCUACGUGGAUCAACUGUGACUCUCUCCUGCUGGCUGAACAAGAGCGGAUGGUGCAGUAGGCAAGAAGCACACAAGAUAUCCAUUUUACAAAACUACUCAGAAGUAAGCAGCGGCAAUGGCCUUUCAGUCAGCACUCACGUUUUACUGCACAGAUUUGGGAACCAGACAUUUCAAUGUCAAUGUCCAAAGGGAAAGAAGACACCAGUUCUCAUAUGUGGAAUUCACAUUGUUGUUGGAAUUCCUCCAGACCAACCAAAAAAUGUAUCCUGCAUCCAGUACGGGAAAAAUGGACAUUCUACUUGUUCGUGGGACAAAGGACAUUAUACUUACCUUACUACUAAUUAUAGAUUACAGCUAACAAAUGGAAUCACAAAUAGAACAUUUUCACAAGAGGGCAUUUCCAUCGGCUCAAUGGAUCUCAAAGAAAAACUGGGCUUUGAAUCUACUUACACAGUUGUGGUCAUUGCUACAAAUGGACUGGGGAACACUUCAUCCCAACCAAUUCAAUUCACGUUAAUAGACAUAGCGAAGCCUCAUUCUCCAGUGGAUCUCUCAGUGAAAUGUGAUAGUUUUGCUGCAACAAAUUGCACUAUUUUGUGGCAAGACCAACAAGAGACGCAACACUUUAAAUUGAGAUACCGACCGAUUCAUAGUAAUUCCUGGACCAUGCUUGAAAAUAUAACUACUAGAAGAUACGAUCUACAUGACCUAGAGCCAGAUAGAGAAUAUGAAUUCCAGGUUUCCUGUAGGUUCCUUCUCAACAGAGGCUUAUGGAGUGAUUGGAGCACAGCGUUUCAAACAGAAGCCGUGCCAUUUGAACCCAUUGAUGUCUGGUAUUUAAAGGAGGAUGUGUCUUCACAAAUGCAGAACGUUACCCUUUUCUGGAAGGCUACUCACACCUCAAGAAGGAAAAGCCAUAAUUACAGUGUGACAUUCUUUGCUCUGAACCAAAAGCAUCACAGAGCAGUAGAAACAGAUUCUACAACACAUACCAUUUUAUCGCGAGUCACUCCUAAAACAGACUACAACAUAACAGUUCAUUCUUACAACUCACGGGGAAUAUCUUCACCCAUCUACAUCACCACUAAACUAGGAAUUACAGAUCUGCCACCACCUAGCCAUCUUUCUGCUGCAUCGAUGAAGAAUGGCAGCAUUGUUAUUGCAUGGAAAGCACCUCUUGCACCUUCACCUUUUAUCAAUGGGUAUGUAGUGGAAUGGGUAGAGCUCCAUCAAGGCCAUCAUUUGAAAACUUGGCUCAAAGUUCCUGCAUCCAAUUUUACAGUAAUAAUAGCAAACCUUAAGCCUAAUGUGUGCUAUUCCAUCAGCGCGUUUGCACUCUAUCAGAGCAGAGCAGGAAAAGCAGCUGCCACGGUGGAAAAUGUGUCAGCAAAAGCCCCAUUAACAGGACCUCACAUUAAUGCAACAGUAAGAGGAGAGCACAUUUUGGUCUCCUGGGAAGAAAUCCCAGGCAAUCAACAAGUGGGCUGCAUUGUUGGCUACAAGAUAUAUUUGCAGAAUCAAUACUUCACCAACGUGCCCCUUAAAGUCUAUGAUAUCUCUACAACAGACCCACAGCCAUUCCCAAUAGAAAGCAUACAGCCUGGUAAUGCAUAUGCUAUAUGGAUGACAGCUUCCACCACAGCUGGAGAGAGCCCUAAAGGGAAUGAAGAAGCGAUUUACAUACAGAAUGCACCGGACUGGGGUUCUAUUGUCAUCUGCAUUAUUGUGGGUCUUUCAGCCUCUGUCUGCUGUGUACCAUUUGCUAGGCAAAAGAUUGUCUCAUUCCUCUCUGUUCUGCUAUUUGGGUGGUACGGUAAAGCUGUUCCUGAUCCAGCCAACUCUUCAUGGGCUAAAGAAUUCACCUCUAUAAAGGAUGAUCCAAACUUAUACUCUACACAAAACAUAAGCAACCCAAACAGCUUUGAAGAGCCUGAAACUCUACAAAUAGAGGAAGUCUUCGUAAAAAGACAACAUCCAGCUUUUGAGGAUGGGCCCCUCUUGAAAAACACUGAGAAAGGAGAAAGCCACAACUGCCUAACUACUAGCAGUUUGCAGAAAGAAAAUCCCACUGUGAAAUACUUGGAUUACGAGCCCUCGAUCACCAGCACAUUGGUUGAUACUAACAAGCAGCAGUUUCUGCCUUUGUACAGAAAAAUUGCAGCCGAAGAACCACAUCAAGGCCAGGUAUUUUCAGAGUACCUUGCCAAUCCAUUUGUGGAUGCAACAGUAGACUACUUGACAACCAUUACACCCACGGUUAUGAACACUGAUGGAGAUAGCUCUGAAACUGAACUCAGUUCAUUAUCCGUUUUCCCAAGAACUUCUUUUCUACCACAGACAGUUCCUUUUGGUGGAAAACUUACUCUAGAUGCUGUAAGAAUGGACUGUAAGUCUUUCACAGAGUAAGGCUGCAAUCCUACACCCACUUAUCCAGGAGAAAGCCCCACUGAACUCAGUUGGACUUGCUUCAGAAUAGAGGUAUAUAGAAUUAUGCUGAAAGCCAUUAAACCCUCUUGGUGGAGAUUGGCAUGAAGACAUUUGCUAAGACACCCC